CUAAACGAAAUAUAAUUCUUGUUGUAUCGCUAUUGUAUUUGUAUCUAAAUAUAAGAAUUUGUAUAAUUUACUAUUGAAUAGUAUUAUUUGCAAUUGCAAAUCUUAAUCAACUUUGCCGUAAAAUUCAAUUAUUUGAAAAUCAAUUAUUUUUAUUUACUGUUCAAUUGUACUAUUUCAAAAUGACACUGUAUAAUCCGCUAUUUGAUCGUUUCAAGAAUUAAAUUUCUGAUACUACCUCAGUUUCUAAUCUAGGACAGUGGAGACUCGUAGCGGGAAUUUUUAGAACUAAGUUUAGCAAGCCCAUCAAAAAUACGGAAGCGAGACAUCGUAUAUAUCGAGUAAAUUUGUUGCGAGAUAAAUAUUUUCAUUAUUAAUUAAUGGCUUUUGCUGGUGAAUCAUCACCUGAUAAGCUCGCAACCAACAAAAAUAUUAAACUCAGUACUCGAUCCUUAAAGUCAGUUAUAUCGUCCAGAAAUCAAACGCAAAGUUGAAAUUACCAUUUCUUUGAAUGGCUACUUAGCGAAUUUUGCCUGUCUUGCAAGUGAAAAAUUUAGAUGAGGGUCUUGAUUUUAAUCUAACAGGAACAUGAGCUAACCUCAAAAUGAGUUACAACAAGAAAGUGGCGUACUUCUACAACCCGGAGGUGGGUAAUUUCCAUUAUGGACCAGGCCAUCCCAUGAAGCCUCAUCGACUAUCCGUGAUCCACAGUCUGGUGUUCAAUUAUGGUCUCCAUAGGAAGAUGCAGAUGUACAGACCCUACCGUGCGAGCACUCAUGACAUGUGUCGCUUUCACUCGGAAGAUUACGUGGAGUUCUUACAGCGUGUGACUCCACAGAAUCUGCAGGGGUACACCAAAUACCUGAGCCACUUCAAUGUAGGCGACGAUUGUCCAGUAUUUGAUGGCCUGUUUGAUUUCUGCUCCAUGUACACCGGUGCAUCUCUGGACGGUGCUACCAAGCUGAACAAUAACUGCUGUGACAUCGCCGUUAAUUGGAGCGGUGGUCUGCAUCACGCUAAAAAAUUUGAAGCAUCUGGUUUUUGCUACAUCAAUGACAUUGUGAUCGCUAUAUUAGAAUUGCUUAAGUACCGUGCCCGAGUCUUGUACAUCGAUAUCGACGUGCAUCAUGGAGACGGCGUACAAGAGGCUUUCUACCUCACCGAUCGCGUGAUGACUGUGUCGUUUCACAAAUACGGCAAUUACUUCUUCCCUGGCACUGGCGACAUGUAUGAGAUCGGUGCUGAAAGUGGUAGAUACUACUCUGUAAAUGUGCCGCUCAAGGAGGGCAUAGACGAUGGAUCUUACAUCCAGGUUUUCAAGCCAGUGAUAUCUCACGUGAUGGAGUUCUUCCAACCGACGGCAAUAGUACUUCAGUGCGGCGCUGACUCCCUUGCGAACGAUCGCCUCGGGUGCUUCAAUCUCAGUACGAAAGGCCACGGCGAGUGCGUGAAAUUCGUGAGAGACUUGAACGUGCCAUUACUGGCUGUUGGCGGUGGCGGUUACACUCUACGGAACGUUGCUAGAUGCUGGACGUAUGAAACAUCGUUGCUCGUGGAUGAGCAGAUCAGUAACGAAUUACCGUACACGGACUACUUAGAGUACUUCGCGCCAGACUUUACACUGCAUCCUGAGGUGGUAACCAGACAGGACAACGCCAACAGCAAGCAGUACCUUGAAGCGAUUACGAAGCAUGUGUACGACAACCUCAAGAUGAUUCAGCACUCACCUAGCGUGCAAAUGCAGGAUGUACCAUGCGAUGCAUUACCGCCCGAGGAAGAGAGACAGCCAGAACCGGAUCCGGACUCGCGGCAGAAUCCACAGGACACAGAUAAAAUUGUCGAGCCGGCGAACGAGUAUUACGCCGGUGACAAGGAUCAGGACAAGAUGGACGUGACCGACUCGUGAUGAGGAAGAGCUGGUAUUACGAUUUAAAAGACUGCGAGUCGCUCGGAAACAUUCGAUCUCACUUUUUCACACAUUUUGGAUGGAUAUUUCAUUCGAACGUUGAUUUAAUGACAAGUUCAAGAAAAAUGUCUUUGAAUACGCCAAAACUGUCCCUCUUCUUUUUUAGACAAUUCUGUUUUUAAACGAUCAGUUCGAGUACUUAUUAUUAUAAUGUAAUAGUAAUAUAAAAUAGUAAAUAGUAUAUACUAAUUAAAUUUGACUUCUGAAGACUUUUUAUAUCGCAGAUAAAAUGACUGUAACAGACAUGAGAACGCAAUCAAUCAAUUAGAUAUAAUGUGCAUAUAUAAUACUACACUGUAUAUAUAAAUUGAACUGUUUUAUAAAAUAAUAAUAAAGUAUGGACUUUUUUAUUGAACAAAGAAAAA